AUGACAACACUGUAUCUGGGCAUUUAUAUCAGAAGUAGAGCAGGCCAGAGUCAUGUAAUUAAAAGAGCGCAACAAGAAAUUACUUCAAUAACUAACACACUUAGAUACAAGAAGGUCACAGCAAGCCAAAUAGCAUAUGUCAAUAAUGUAGUUUUAAUGGCAAGACUCGAAUACAGACUGAAAACUACUUUGGUCAGUGAAAAUCAAUGCCAAACACUUCAUAAUCGUAUGAUUACUCUACUCAAGACAAAAAUGAGAAUCAUAAGGUCCGUGAAUAAUAAUUCAGAAUUUAUUAUUAGAAUUAAUUCACAAGAUUGGGAUAGAAUAAGCACGAGAAUCAUGCUCAGAAAUGCACAGCUUCGCAUAGGAGUACAAGGAUGCAUAUUGGUUGACCACACAGAGCUGAUUCUAAAAAUCAAUUUACAAAAUAACUUUAACUUUAAUUUAUUGAAAUCAUUUAAGGAUCAAAUAUUUAGCUUCAGGUUAACAGAUCUUACCGCAUGGAAUUUAACCACGCAACAUCAACACACUAUUAUUUCAAUCUUGCAUACAUCUGUUGAUGUAGGGCAUACGAAUUUCAGGAAACUAGAACAAUCAAGGAUAAAGGCCAUUAAAUCUUUUAUCAAACGACCUGCGGAAUUACUUGAUAUUAACUUUCUAGAUCACAUUACACACAACAAUGGUGUAGAUAUGUUAUUCUGGACUCAGAUCAAAAAGAUUUUUGGUAAAAAUCCCAAAGGGCCAAUCCCAAAUUUUUUUAAAUACUUGGAAGAAAUAGCUAUUGAUCAGAAUUCGAACGGACAACGUACAUUAAUAGAACGGUACCAAGCUACGAAUAUCCCGACUAAUAAGAUAGUUUCACUUACACCUUCUCCUCCUUCAAGAGACGGAAGGCAUAAAGAAUGGAUCAUUACACACGAUGGAAAUGAGUACCAAUUCAGAAAAAUUUUAAAGAAAAAUCUCACACGGUUCUCAUAUCAACAUUAG